AUGUCGCAAAAGAAUCCGAAAAAUGCUCCUGGUGGGGGGAAGGGAGCUCCAAAGGGAAAGAAAAGCGCUGCAGCGGGGAAGAAAGCUGAGGACGAGAGAGAGGAGACUCUGCAGGCUGUGGUACUUGCGGACUCGUUUGAGACACGAUUCAACCCGUUUACCUUAGAGACACCAAGAUGUCUGCUUCCAUUAGCCAAUACCCCUCUCAUCGAAUACACGCUCGAGUUCCUAGCCAUGUCAGGCGUCGCUGACAUCUAUGUCUACUGCGGAGCACACACCGAAGAAGUUGAACGCUACAUCCAAGCCUCUAAAUGGCAUCCGUCAGCUCCAGCUUCUCCUUUCAAUUCCCUCGAAAUCGUCAAGACAACAGCUCGUUCUGUCGGCGAUGCGCUCCGUGACCUAGAUGCGCGGGAUCUGAUUACUGGGGAUUUCCUCCUUGUGCAUGGAGACUUGGUUUCAAAUCUGCCAAUAGAUGCUGCAUUGGCAGCCCAUCGAGCGAGAAGAAUUGCAGACAAGAAUGCCAUCAUGACCUUGAUCUUGCGAGCUGGAGGUUUAGGGUCACAUCGCACGAAAUCAAAAGGGAUCACACCAGUUUUCGUUGUUGACCCUACAAAGAAUCGAUGUCUGCAUUACGAGGAAAUGCACCCAUUACAGGCAAACAAGUAUGUCAACAUCGACCCAGAGUUGCUUUCAACACACACGGAAAUGGAAAUUCGGACGGACUUGAUCGAUUGUGGGAUUGAUAUUUGCACACCUGAUGUUUUGGCACUUUGGGCAGAGUCAUUUGAUUACGAAGUCCCAAGACGGCAUUUCUUGCAUGGCGUGCUGAAGGAUUAUGAGUUGAAUGGAAAGACGAUCCAUACCGAAAUUGUGGAUGAACACUAUGCGGCUCGUGUCUUCAAUUUACAGUCUUAUGAAGCGGUUAGCAAGGAUGUGUUGGGCAGAUGGACAUAUCCUCUCGUGCCCGAUAGCAAUUUGGUUGCCGGCCAAACUUAUAAGUUUGAGCGGGGUGGAUUGUGCAAGGAGAAUGGAGUCAUUCUGGCAAGAACGUGCAAAGCUGGCAAGAGAACUGUGCUUGGGAAGGAUACAAGUAUUGGGGAUGGGAGCAUGGUGUCAAACAGCAUCAUCGGACGGAGAUGUCACAUUGGUAAGAACGUGAUGAUCCAGAAUGCUUAUAUUUGGGACGAUGUUGUGGUUGGAGAUGGAUCAACGAUCGAUAGAGCCAUUGUUGCCAGCGAGGCAGUUAUUGGGAAGAGAUGCAAGAUCCAACCAGGGUCUCUUCUUUCGUAUGGCAUUCAAAUAGCGGACAACCAGGAAACCAAAGAAGGAUCACGCAUCACUCGAGCAAAACGAGGGGAGCCUCCAGUGGCCGUAGCAACAGACACAACAAUCGUAGGGGAGGGAGGGGAAGGGUACUCUUUCGACGACGAAGAAGAUUCCGACGACGAAGGCAUAGCCUUCCACAGCAACCUAAUCUACAGCACCUCGCAUCUCAAUCUCUCCAGUGAAUCCAUCUCAACACUCAACUCCAAUUUCAGCUCCGCCACCCCAACACAAUCGCGAUCCCGCCUUUCUUCCUUUGCUGGAUCCAUCUCCGACGACGGAGAUCCAAGUUCUUCAAACGAGAUGUUCCACCACGACGCCGUGAACGGCCUUCUCGACGCCCUGAAAGAGGGUGACGACUUCGACUCAGCCAAACUAGAAUUCAUGGGCUUGAGACUCAGCAACAAUGCAUCAGACCACCAAGUCCGCCGCGCCAUCGCAGUUGCUUUCACCAAGCGAAUAGCACAGCUGGUAGAGGGCGAGAAAAUGGAGGCCAGUAAAGCUGCCGCGAAAACUUUCGGAGCGCCUGGCGCGGAGAAGUUCUUGAGGGAGGUUGCGGUUGGUACUAAGAACUUGGAGGACGAUCAGGUUGAUUUCAUUACUUGCUUGCAGAAGGACCUUGUGCAUAGGGGUAGUGGGGCGAUCAUUCUGGCGGCUGUUCUUAAGGAGUUGUAUCAGACGGAUAUUCUUGAAGAAGAGGCGAUGUUCAGGUGGUGGGAUGAGAAUGAAGCGCUUGGGGAGGCGGAGAACAAGGAGAUGAAGAGGGUGAGGGAGAAGACGGCGCCGCUUAUUCAGUGGUUUAGAGAUAAUGAGUCUGAGGAGAGUGAGGAAGAGGAAGAGGAAGAUGAUAGCGAGUAG